ACGGGCCCUGGAGCAGCUUCCGGCUUCCGGCGGAGCCCCCCGUCGUCGCGCGCAGCCGUCAUGGCGGCCGAGGAAAAGGACCCUCUGAGCUAUUUCGCGGCUUAUGGGAGCAGCAGCUCAGGCUCCUCGGGCGAGGAGGAUAAUAGCGAACCGGAGGAAACAAGUCGCAGGGCCCCCGAUCCUGCGAAGUCGGCGGGAGGCUGUGGGAACAAGGAGGAGAAACGGCUGCCGGGACCCGACGAACUGUUCCGGAGCGUGACUCGCCCGGCCUUUCUCUACAAUCCGCUCAACAAACAGAUAGACUGGGAGAGGCACGUCGUUAAGGCGCCUGAGGAGCCUCCAAAGGAAUUCAAAAUAUGGAAGUCAAACUAUGUACCACCUCCCGAGACCUACACUACUGAGAAGAAACCUCCCCCUCCAGAGCUGGACAUGGCAAUAAAAUGGUCUAACAUAUAUGAGGACAAUGGUGACGAUGCCCCACAGAAUGCUAAGAAAGCUAGGCUCCUGCCUGAAGGGGAGGAGACAGUGGAAUCAGAUGAUGAAAAAGAUGAGCGUACUUCUAAAAAGCGCAAAGUAGAACCAGGAGAACCAACAAAGAAGAAAAAGUAGAAAAUGACAUCACAAGAAUUUCUGGACUGCGAAACUUGUUGAAACGGUUUUUUUGGGCAGAUUAAGUUGAUAUUUUAAAUUAUUAUAAAACAACAUCUCCCUGAAAGUACAUGUUAAAUAAUAAUAAGUAUUGCUGUGGGAACUUUUCACUGUAGAAUUCAUUUUUUUAUUUAAAACUUUAUUUAAAACCAAGUGGUGAUUUGUGCUUGUGAAAUUGACAACACUUGGAAGCAUUCUUGCUGUCACAGAAUUGGUGAAUACUUCGAAAGUUUGGUCACAUGUUGAUAUGCCAAUGUUCUAUGAACCUUUUAUAAAGGAAUAUAUUUUUAAAGUAAAUAUAUUGUAAUGUACUGUGAACUUGUAGGGUGCUUUUCAGCAGUGUUUGUACAGUGUAAAUAGAUCAUGGAAAUAAAAUUACUUAUUCAAUAUUGUUAUUACUGCAUAACAUUAACAUUUGAAUAUUUGUGACAAGUACCCUCUUUGCCACGUGGGGUUUUAACAGUAGGUAUUACCGUCUAGGGAGUGCCUCUUGCAUACCAGGUGCUUUGUGGGUGCUUUUCCUCUGCUCUUCAAACAGCCUGAUAAAGCAGGGAAUAGCGGCUUCAUUUUAUAAUAGAGAUUAACUUAUUCAGAGUUCCACAGUGAGUGAUCCAGGAUGUUGUGAUUUAACUCCGGAUACUUGAACUCCAGAAUCAUCAAAUUAAGCCACCUACCCACCACUCAAAAUUUAGUUCUCUUGUAAAGGAAUUGCCUUGUCCUCUCUUGUUGGGUACUCUCUGUGGUAAUUAGGGAGAUCUCCUUCCCUCACUGUGUUACUGCACCUUACCAUGUAAGCCUUAUACGAUGGUUUUUUGUUAAUUUCCCUGUUAAAUAGUUAGCUGAAGAUAAGGAUUCUCUAUAAAGAAUUGCCAGAUGUAGCAAAUAAAAAUACAGGAUACCCAGUUAAAUUUGAAUUUUAUCGUUACAAAUAAUGUUUUUGUAUGUGUAAUAUUUGGGGCAACUUACACUAAAACUUUAUCUGAAACUCAUUUAACUGAGUAUCUUGUGUAUUAUCUGGCAACACUACUUCUAUUGUGUUGUCUCUACAUAGUUCCUAUUUUAAUGCUUUACAUAUAGUAAUAAAAUCAACAAGGGGUGGUCGGGAAAUGAAUAGUCUCUGAUUUUACUUCUACAGUCCAAAAUAUAGUGUGCUUAUUUGUAGCAUUUUAAACUAUAAAAAGGAGGGGUUCUCAAUCAUUCCAUGAUUCUUAAUGCCGUUAAGAGACAAGACUUGAUUACAGGACCCUGUACAUUUAGUGUAUGAGAAAAAGACAUCGGUCUUUGAGUUUAAAAAAUAUCCCCAGUCCAGUUGUUUUUCUUGGUGCUGGAAACCAGUAUUGGAAAAAGUAUUAAAUUUGUUUACUAAAACAUGGAUCAAGUAGAUUAAAAUCUGUAAACGUCAUUAAAAUGAUGACGCCAGCCCUGGUGUUCUGUGGAAUGAGGAAGGAACACAACAGUAUGAUGGCCUCAGUAGAUCUCAGACUUACAAACACUAAUUGUAUUGCUGCUUAUCCUCUAGGUUUACAGCUAUCUGAUUCCCCAAAUUGAAGUAAUUCGUAAAGCAAGUUUUCUGCGUAAAACCUUGUAUAUGAAUAAUUUGGAGGACUGUGGUGUCAUAUUAAGGAAUGGCAUCAAGGAAUAAAGCAUGACUCCAGUGUGACACCAAACUAAACAAAUAGAAUUAUAAUUUUGAGACUGUGAUUCCCAAAUCUGGAGAAGUUUGUAGUCUGGAUACAUAUAUUAGUGGAGCAGAUAUCUCAAGAAGCUACUGAAAUAUUACAAGAUUUAAAAACUAGCAUGAAGGCACACCUUGUACAAAAAACAGAAAACCAGCAAGCCUGUCUGGAAGUCUAACCUCUUUUUAUCACCCAUUGGUUCAGCUCCUAGUUUAACCUGAUUAGUUUAUGAUGACAAACUAGAUAACUAGAUCAGUCCCUAGUGGUGCUUCGAGCCCCCCUUCUAGAAGGUAACAGUGAGGCUGGCAGGGAGGAAUAAAUACCACUUUUUUGGAAAAGGGAUUGAUACUUUAGACAGGAUGGGUAGUGUCUACACUUGGGAGAUCAUUAGGUACCUGCUGGGAGAUGUAUACCUAUGCGAGUACAGGUCAAGGUAGUUGUAAUUUAGGAAGAAGGAGGCUAAAUAUUUUGCAGCAGUCUGAAUCUGCCAUAUGUGUUUCACAGGGUUUCUUUUCAGAAUGUGGCCAAAAAACAGUCCAAGUUGUUUCUCUUUUAGAGAAUCAAGGCACUUAAUAUUCCUGAUUGUUUUCCUCAUCUUUAAGGAAGUUAAAGCCACAUGAGGCAUAAAUGGCUUGCUUUUGAGAACUAAGCAUUUGUGUGUCAUAUUUUAAAAUUCAAAGUGUGAAUAGCAUUAUGGAGUUGUGUGGAAAACAUUCUAACUGGAAUCAAAGAACGUUACUGAGAAAAAUUGACGCUGUUUUUAGCCAUUAAAAUACAGAUGUUACCUGAACUUAUUUGUAAACUUGCAACUUCCUAUUUGAAACCCUUAAUGCUGUGUAGUGCUUUUGAGUUCACAAAGUUCAGUCACAUAGCAUUUCGUUUUCCAAAAACCUAAUGAGAUAGUUUUUAUCAUUACCAAAUUAGGGAAAACCAGCUAAAGCAAUAUACCCACAAAUAUGUUUAGUUAGCUUCAGAAUCUGCAAUCCCAUUCUAUGUAAGAUUUAUGGAGAUUUACGUAUUAUCAGUGCAAAGCAUUGUGUUAGGAACAAAGAAUCCAUCUUUAAGCGAAGUCAGUUGGUAGCCAUUAGGAGAAGGGACAGGCAGGGACUGAGUCCUACCAGUUGGAGUAGUUCAGUAGAGCGGUAAGGAUCUGCUUGAACUAAGGCGUCGGGAGAAGAGACGGAUAUGAGGAACUCAUAACAGCUCAGUUGGAUAUAAAGGCAGCCAACUAUACAUAUAUUUAAUUAAAAUAUAAGUGGGCUAAUGCAGGUUUGAACAUAACCUACAUAUAAAACAUGUUGCCACACCACACAAAGCCCUACUAGAGAUAUUUUUAAAAUGUAAUUAUUUUUACAGGUAUCCGAACUCAGCAACUUUGAAUAGGUCACAUUUUUGACUAGUUAAAACCAUAACUGGACUUUAAAAUAUUUCAUUGGUGGAAUUUUCGAUGUUAGCAUUUUUGUGUCCAUAUUCACUGCUAUUUCACUACUCCAUUAUCACUUGGUACAGAAGUUCUAGACAUUUUUAGGGAAAAAAAAAGUUAAAUUCCCAGCAAGUGUUUUGGACUUUUCAUUAAAUUCUAAAGCUUUCUCUUUUUUCUUUACAUAGUUACAUAGUUUUCCUGAUUUGAAGCAUGGCAUUGCAUUGUAAUGCAAAAAAAAAAAAAAAAAAGGCUACCAAGAAGCAUUUGUAUGUGUGGUCCACGGUAGAGGGACUCUGCCUUUCAUUGACUAAGACAAUGCCUGGCACAUGGAAGAUACUCGAUACAACUUGUAAUUGGUGAUGGUGAACUGAUUUUUUCCCCUCUGGUUUAGGGGUGGUCCUCCAGAGGCUUGUGUUUCCAGUUACAUGGGCCAAUAAAUCUUAACAAUUUAAA